AUGCCGAGGUCCUUCCUAGUGAAGAGCAAGAAAGCGCACAGCUACCACCAGCCUCGCUCCGCCGACGAGGACUAUAGCCUGCGUCUGGAGACGGUGCUGGCCCAGAUCUGUGCAGGUAGGAGUCCCUCGGUCGCAGCCUCACUCGGAGACUGCCCACCCGCCCGACAUCACCCCCGAGGGCGCUUUUCCCCGGAAUCCCACCUUACCGAGGCUGCUGAUGGUACCUCCGAGUCAGCGCCCAGCUGCGAGGGCAGUGUCUGUGACAGAGUGUCCGAGUUCGAGGAUUUCUGGAGACCUCCCUCGCCCUCCGUCUCGCCAGCCUCGGAGAGAUCUGUGUGUCCAUCCCUAGAUGAAGCACCCCCUUUCUCGGUGCCCUUCAAACCGUACAUGUGGAACAGCCUGGGUGGCUCCGAGCUCAGGCACCUUGUGCAAAGCUACCGGCCCUGCCCGACGCUGGAGCGGACCUCAGCCCUGGGGCUCUUCUGCGACCGAGGCUCCGAGCCCACCCUCUAUGGUGCCGAGUGUGGCUCCUCCCUGGGACUGUAUGGUGACUUCAGCUCCCCGGGCCCGGGGCUGUUUGAGCGGCCACCAGCAGCAGCUCCUGGACUCUAUCCUGAAACACAACCUGGGCUGCAGCAGGAGAAAGGAUCAGGGGGCAUCAAAGUAGAGUCUGACCUUUUGUGCCGCCCACUGCUCAUCAGUACUGGCUCUUACAAGUGUGUCAAGUGCAGCAAGGUCUUCUCCACACCGCAUGGCCUUGAGGUACAUGUGCGCCGCUCACACAGUGGCACAAGGCCCUUUGCCUGUGACAUGUGUGGCAAGACCUUCGGCCAUGCAGUCAGCCUGGAGCAGCACAAGGCUGUGCACUCGCAGGAACGCAGCUUUGAUUGUAAGAUUUGUGGCAAGAGUUUUAAGAGAUCUUCUACUCUGUCCACCCACCUGCUCAUCCACUCAGACACCCGACCCUACCCGUGCCAGUACUGUGGGAAGCGGUUCCACCAGAAAUCUGAUAUGAAGAAACACACCUUCAUUCACACAGGUGAGAAGCCUCACAAGUGCCAGGUGUGUGGAAAAGCCUUUAGUCAGAGCUCCAACCUCAUCACCCACAGUCGGAAGCACACAGGCUUCAAGCCCUUUGGUUGUGACCUGUGCGGCAAAGGCUUCCAACGAAAGGUGGAUUUACGGAGACACCGGGAGACACAGCACGGCUUGAAGUGA